AUGGACAACUGCGGCGACGGCAGUGACCAGGACUCCCGUCCCCCAGCCAGCUGCGGAGGUCCCUCUCUGGUACCCAAGGAGACGGGGACAUUGGAAGAUAACAGUUCCAAGCCUCUGACUCUUCUUAUGGCUCCUGGUUCCACAGCUGAGUGGACCCCUCCAGAAGGCCUGGCGCCCAUCACACAAGAAGUGUUGGAAGGUCCCUGGCUCUGGUGGAUGGCUCUGGCCUCCUCAAUGCUGCUGACCUGCACUGGCCUCCUCUGGUGCUGCUGUUGCCCAGGUUGGCUGGCCUGGCACCCGGGUGCCCACAGGCUCCGCCUCAGAUGCUGUGCAGCCUGCAAUGUUUGUCACCUAUGUCCUGGCCGGGUGGCUCCUGGGGGUCUGUGGCUGAGCUGGCCGCCCUUCCAGAACCAGGGAGGUCAUCGUUAG